AGAUAAAUUUCUAGCACCUGCCGCCGGUUCGGUGCAUUUGUCGUAAAUCUAGAACAUGCGUUAUAGUCAAGCGGGAAGAAGAUAUUCUAAGCCAAAAUUGACAUGAUCGUCAAAUAGGUCUAUUUAUAGAUUGCCUCAUUUUUCAAGAUACCAUGAACCUGAAGAUCAGCACAGAAAGAGAGGAAAUGGAAGGAGCAGAUCAAAAGCCUCAUGCAGUUUGCGUUGCAGCCCCUUCCCAAAGCCACAUAAAGGCCAUGCUCAAAUUUUCAAAGCUUCUCCACCACAAAGGCUUUCACAUAACCUUUGUGAACACUGAGUUCAACCACCAACGAUUUUUGAGAUCGAGAGGCUCCAACUCCUUGGAUGGUAUCCCUGACUUCCGAUUCGUCACCAUUCCCGACAGCCUCCCUCCGUCGGAUCCCAACGCCACCCAGGACGUGGCUGUCCUUUGCGAUUCCAGUAUGAAGAACUUCUUGGCUCCUUUUUCCGACUUGCUCCGGAAACUUCACAACACUGAAAACAAUCCUCCGGUGACUUGUAUUGUCUCCGAUGGUUUCAUGGCAUUUACUGUUACCGCUGCUCAUGAACUUGGAAUCCCUAUUGCAAUGCUCUUCACUGUCUCUGCUUGCAGCUUAAUGGCUUUUACUCAUUUUUCUCAUCUCAGGGACAAAGGCUUCACGCCACUAAAAGAUGAGAGCUAUCUCACAAAUGGAUAUCUAGACACAGUUAUAGACUGGAUUCCAGGUAUGAGAGACAUCCGACUGAGGGAUCUCCCGAGCUUUAUUCAAACCACGGAUCCAAAUGAUGUUAUGUUCAAAUUUGUUGUUGAAGCAGUAGAGAGAGCUGCCAAAGCUUCAGCAAUCGUUGUUCAGACAUUUGACGCGUUAGAGCAUGAAGUUUUGGAUGCUCUCUACCCCAUGUUUCCUCGGUUAUAUGCCAUUGGCCCUCUACAACUUUUGCUCAAUCACUCACACAAUGACCCUUUGAAAUCAAUUGGGUAUAGUUUAUGGGUAGAAGAAACUGAAUGCCUUCAUUGGCUCAGUUCCAAGGCACCCAACUCAGUAUUGUAUGUGAAUUUUGGAAGUAUAACCGUCAUGACACCACAACAACUCAUUGAGUUUGGUUGGGGACUUGCAAAUAGCAAGCAUCCUUUCUUGUGGGUAAUUAGACCUGAUUUAGUAGUCGGUGAAUCGGCAAUUUUACCACUAGAGUUCAAUGUAGAAACAAAAGAAAGAGGUCUAAUAGCUAGUUGGUGUCCUCAAGAGGAAGUAUUGGACCACCCCUCAAUUGGAGGGUUCUUAACUCAUUGCGGGUGGAAUUCAACCAUCGAAAGUAUGACUGCAGCAGUGCCAAUGCUUUGUUGGCCAUUCUUUGCAGAUCAGCAAACAAACUCCAAGUAUACUUGCAAUGAAUGGGGCAUUGGCAUGGAGAUUGAUAAUCGUGCCAAUAGAGAGGAAGUGGAGAAGAUUGUGAGAGAGUUGAUGGAAGGAGACAAGGGUAAGAAAAUGAGGAAAAAGGUAAUGGAGUGGAAGAAAUUGGCCGAGGAGGCCAGUGGUCCACAUGGAUCUUCAUCCAUUAACCUAAACAAUUUGGUGAAUGAAGUGCUUUUAUAAAAAGCUUAUAUGUUUCACAAUAAUAAAGUGUUAUGGUGAUCAUAUAUAUAUAUGUAUAUAUAGAUGUUUUUAUUUUUGUUCAAUUUGUUUGUUUUGAUAAUCCGCAAGCUGUUGGACCUACUUAAUUAUAUUACUAUUUUUCCACCUUA